CAUUGGAGAUGUGCCUUCUAUUCUUUUUUAUUUCUGUGGUAAAACGUGGUUUGUUGCAAACUGUACUGUAGUAUAAACAGAACCUUGGAAGCUAUUUGUGUUUAAGUAAUAACCAAAAAUGAAUGCAUAUCCUGAUGCAGGGAAGGAAAUGCUUCUAUUCACGGGGAAUUCACACCAAGAGCUCGCACGUUUGGUUGCAAGUCGCAUGUGCAUAAAGAUAGGGACGUGUUCUGUGUACCAGAAGCCAAACAAGGAAACACAAGUUGAGAUUGGAGAAUCUGUGAGAGGAAAAGAUGUGUUUAUUAUACAAACUGGUAGCAGAGAUGUAAAUGAUGCCAUCAUGGAACUGUUAAUUAUGGCGUAUGCGUGCACCACAUCAUCAGCAAAGAGGAUCAUAGGUGUCAUUCCAUACCUUCCGUAUUCUAAACAAUGUAAAAUGAGGAAGAGAGGUUCCAUCGUGUCAAAGUUGGUUGCUUCCAUGCUUUGUAAAGCAGGCUUCCAUCACAUAAUCACCAUGGACCUUCAUCAAAAAGAAAUUCAAGGUUUCUUUGACGUUCCUAUUGAUAAUUUACGUGCUUCACCUUUCCUUAUUCAAUAUAUACAGGAUCAGAUUCCGGACUACAGAAACGCCGUGAUUGUAGCAAAGACUCCUGCAUCUGCUAAAAAAGCUCAAUCUUUUGCCGAACGCUUAAGACUCGGUAUCGCUGUCAUUCAUGGCGAGCCACAGGAUUUUGAUUCGGAUCGUGAAGAUGGAAGACACUCUCCUCCUCCACAGGAAUCUGCUGCAUCUGGGACUUCCAGGGGAGGCGGGGAUGGAUUCAAGACUGUUGAAGCUGCUUGGCCAUCUGGGAUAUCUCUACCAGAAUCAUCCCGUGUUAUGCUUGGUCAGAGAACACGCACCGUUUCCACUGGCCACUUUGAAAAGCUCGAGAUACCAUUAUUAACUGCCAAGGAGAAGCCACCCAUUAAUGUAGUUGGUGAUGUUGGUGGAAAAAUUGCAAUUAUAGUGGAUGACAUAAUAGACGACGUUGACCCUUUUGUUGCAGCUGCAGAUAUUUUAAAAGAAAGAGGGGCAUACAAGGUGUAUGUCAUGGCUACACAUGGUUUGUUGUCUCUUGAUGCUCCUCGUAUUCUUGAAGAAUCUUCCAUUGAUGAGGUUGUUGUUACCAACUCUGUACCACAUGAACUACAAAAGCUGCAGUGCCACAAAAUAAAAACUGUUGAUAUUUCAUUUAUUUUAUCUGAAGCAAUAAGACGUAUCCACCAUGGAGAGAGCAUGAGUUAUUUGUUCCGAAAUAUUUCAAUUGAUGACUGAAUGCUUUGCAAUCAUAUGUAUGUUGUGUCUUGGUUAACAAUUAUUAAAAUUUGCUGCUUUGUA